UUGAUUAACCUAAACCUAAACAGGACGUAAAUUACUUAAAAUAUUAUUUACUACCGUAGUUUUAAAAGUUUUUCUACUGAUAUAAAGAGAAAAGAAAAGUGAUAAUAAAGUGGCCCUGCGCGUUUUAUAAAAAAAGCAAAUUCAUAACAGAAACAAAAAUAGCAUAAUUUUGUUAAAAAUGGAUGAAGAUGCACGCACACUUUAUUGUGGAAAUCUAAGUGAAAAAGUUACAGAGGAUAUUCUUUACGAAUUAUUUCUACAAGGAGGUCCUGUACAAAAAAUAACCAUUCCCAAAGAUCGUGACGGCAAGCAAAGAUCAUUUGGAUUUAUCACAUACAAGCACACAAAGUCUGUAGAGUAUGCUUUGCACUUAUUUGACGGUACAUUGCUUUAUAAUCGUACUCUCAAUAUGAAACUGAGGAAUAACACAGAGUCGCAGCAAGCUGAACAAUUUUCGAAUCCCGUUCGCAAUAUGAAUCAUAUGUUGGAGCUGGGUCAGCAAAUGAUCCUGGGAAAUUAUCCACUGCACAUUGGUGGUAGUGGUGUCAUAUUUGGUACAAAUAUUUCGCAAGAAGGCCCAACGUAUCCAAGGCAGUUAGAUACAAAUUCUGGGAAUGAUGAUAGGAUUAGAAUUCAUCCUUAUCAGAGGAAUAGAGAUAGAAAACAAGACAGAGACAGAGAUAGGAAUCAAGAAAGGGACAGAAAUCGGGAGAGAAAUAGAGACAGAGAAAGGGAGAAGGAGAAGGGAAGAAACAGAGAACGAAAUUACAGUGAUUACAGAGAUGAAAGAUCGUAUUAUAACAGAGAUAAUGAUUAUCGUUCCAAUGGCUAUUUUCGACAUAACGAUAGAAAAAGAUGGACUUAUCAUUGAUAACAAUUAUUUUGCGAACAGUUGAACUUUCGAUUGAUUUUUAAAUUACACGAAAUAUGAACAAAUUUCAUUAUCCUUGUAUUUUUUUUUCUUUGUUUAUUCUACAAUAACUGUACAUCAAUAUUACUAUUUCGUUAGCAAUUGAUUAUAAUUUUCACAAUUAUACUCUUAUAUAUAAUUAAAUAAGAACUACAUAUAUUUAUAUGUUUUGUAUUAUGUAUAUAUAGACAAUUAUAUAUUUACAAGACGAAAGAAAGUUAGAUAAUUGUAAGUUAAUAUCUCAAAAAUUGUUUAAAACAUUGAAAAAAUUUUUAAUACUGCCCAUUUAUGAUUUAAUCUUACGUUUUUUCUAAUUAAUCUAACUUAAUUUACCUGCAAGAUCAAUAAGAUCGAUAAUGCGCACGCACGAAGGAAGGGUUUUUAUUUUGCAUUGAUAAUAAUGUAGAACAAUGAAAAUAAAAAAAACAUGUGAAAAAGAAUGCAUCAUUCAUGACACGAUUUUUUGAAAAUUAUUCUUAGGGCCUUAACAAAACGGGUGAUUUAGAAUUUCAAAACAAUUUAGGAUUUUAAUCUUUAGUAACGCACAAGUGUCUUGUGUCUCAAGUCUUAAAUCACCAACAAACUUGCUUUUUAGCUUGAGACUUGAAACACAAGAUAGUUAUUGUGCGUUACUUAAAAAUUUAAGUCAUGAUUGCAAGUCAGUCAUUCUACUAAGGCCGGGUUUACAAUAGGUGUGGUAAGUCUUAAGCUGAAAGAAAUUGAUCGAUUAUAGUUGAAUGUGAAAAUAAUCAAACAUAGACCCAGGUUAAGGCUUUUACUAUUAUAUACACAUAUAUUAAAUAAAAAGUUUUGAAAUAGAUGUAUUUUGAAUAGUGUAAUAAAGCGUUGUUUUUUUUAAUGUCGAAAAGUGAUUCAUCUGUCAGUGUUUAAUAUAUCAGCGACUUUUUGUCGAAAUUUGUAUUUAAAAAAUUACGUUGUUAUCAACACAGAAGGAUUGUCUAGAGUGUGGUUUAUCUUUGAAUUUGAAAUCGCCUUAUUUGAAUUUAGCGAACAAUCUUUUGCAUAUUGAAAUUAACCUUCCGUCUGUACACUGACCCCAAAACAUAAACAAGCGAACAAGCGAAAUUUUUCACGUGUGUAGCAACAAAAUUGGUGAUAGACAAAGCUUGGCUUCCCUCACUAAAAAAACUUAGUAAUAAUAGGUACUCAUACCCGAAAGGACGCUUCGAUCCGGCACUUGUUAAAACUGCAGCAUGUAAACUUUUCAAGUGUUCCCAAAAAGACCCAGUGUACAGACCGUGUUAGUAUUUCGACAGUAAGAAAUAUUUAAUUUUUGUACUUUUCUUAAUUAUUUUGUUAUUUUUAUGAUGUUUUUACUUGAGUUACAAGCAUAAUCUGUUUUUUUUUUAGUCGGUAAAGACAGUUUAAUUAUAGUGGCCUCUUCGACACGUCUGAUCGCUGGCUCUUACAUAUAUUCUAUGGCAUGCUUGAUCAUGUUGGCAUAAAUUCGUCAAUUUUAUACUAUUUACGACAAGAAAAUCUAUUUUUAAAUCGGCGUGACUUUUUGAAAGACUUUGCUUUCAAUUUAGUAAAGCCACAUUUGCAAUGUCGUUUAGAAAUAAAAAUAUUAAGCUAUUCGCGCCAUACAAUUCGAGGAAUUUUAAGUAAUGGCGAUGACUCUAUUCAGGCUUUUAAUCCUAAUACAAAAAUGAACAAACGAAAAAAAUGUUCUGUAUGUCUGUCCGCAGAUAAUAAAAAAACGUGGUUUUGUGUGGUGUAUGUGGCGAGCCAAUUUGCGAUGAUCAUCGCACGAUUUUCUGUUUAGAUUACGCACAAAAACAUAGUUAAUAUUAUUAUUUCUUCAAUUUUGAUCAUUCUACAUUGUAUAUACCUAAGUUUUUUAUGAUAAUAUACUAUAAUUUUUUAUAAUAAAAAGAUUUGUGUGAAAA